AAUCAAUGUAUUUUGGUUAAUGUAAAGUGGUGAACGCAGAAACAAUUUAGUGUUUUCAAAAUGCCUCCAAAGAAAAAAGGUGGUGGUAAAGGAGGAACAGGCAAUAUCAUAGAUGGAGUAGAUACGACUCAGAUGACCAGAGAGCAAUUGGAAGUAUUUUGCCACCGUAUAAAAGAAGAAAAUGAAAGAGAACGUGAAGAAAGGAACUACUUCCAAAUUGAGAGAGACAAAAUAAGGACUUUCUGGGAGAUAACAAGGAAUGAGUUAGAGGAGGCAAGAGCAAAACUGAGAAAUAAGGAUAGGCAAAUUGAAGAGUCGAUAGAAAAAAAUGAGGACGAGCUAAAGUUUUACAAGCAAAAGGUGAAGCAUUUGCAAUACGAACACCAGAACAACCUAACCGAGUGUAAGGCAGAAGCUCUUGUAUCUCUAAAACUGGCACAAGAUGAACACUCUCAGCAAGAACGGGAACUCCUCAAGGAUAAAAGAGACCUAAAAAGUUUGAUGAAAGAGCAAGAACUGUCUCACCAAGAACAGACAAAAGCUCUCAAGCUACAACACAGCGAAGAACUAAGCAAGGCAAGAACUGAAUUCGAGCAUAAGGCCAAAGAUCUAGAGCAAAAGUAUGAAAAGAAAUACAUCGAGCUCAAGAUUCAACUAAACGCUAAGCAUGAUAUGGAGAUAUCGGAAGUAGAGGAAAGGAAAAAUUUACACGUUUCGGAACUGACUAAGCACCACGAAAAAGUUUUCAGCGAGAUGAAGAACUACUAUAACGACAUAACUUUGAAUAAUCUGGCCCUGAUCAGUAGUUUGAAAGAUCAGAUGGAGGUACUUAGGAAGCAAAACGAUAGGAUGAACAAGCAGGUAGCAGAUCUAACAGCAGAAAACAAAAAAUUGAUUACUCCGUUGAAACAAGCGCAAGAAGACGUUAAAGAAUACAAGAGGCAGCUACAAAACUAUGAAAAAGAUAAAAUAUCGUUGGCAAAUACCAAGGCUACCCUAGCACAAAAACUCAAAGAGCUAGAAGACCUAAGGUGGUCACAUGAUGCUCUAGAGCUCAGAUUCGAAACACUUCAGCGAGAAAGAAAUGAGUUGCACAACAGGUUCGUUAAAGCUAUACUCGAAGUACAGCAGAAGACUGGAGUCAAGAACAUGCUCUUGCAGAAACGUAUACAGACCCUUGGACAAGUCGCAGAGCAUCGAGAAAUCAUUAUAGGGGAGCUCAAUGCCACUCUCAAGGAACCACCGGCGAGGAGCAAUAGUAAACUGGAAGAAAUCGUGUCCAAAAAGAACGCUGUCAUAAGUGACCUCCAAUACGAGCUAGCUAGAGUUUGCAAGGCCCACGAUGACCUCUUGGAAACGUUCGAAGAAAAACUAGUGCAGUUUGGGAUACCCAAGCAAGAACUUGGGUUUACACCACUUAGAAUUAUUCCUGAAGGGCAAGGCGGAUUGGCAAGAGGACCUGCAGGGUUGGUCACACAAAAUCGAUGAAAUCAUAUCAUGUAACUCACAUUGUGUAUAACAUGAAAACAUAUUAUAUACAUUAUAUACAUAUAUAGAUUAUAUACAUAAUGGAAGUAUUAUCGAGGGAACUGUAAAGUAGCUUUAGGAAGAGAAUAGUGGACAUAGCACUCACAAAGAGAUAUCCGUAGACACGUUUUUCGGGCAUUCGGCUCUGAUCAGUACGGUGAAAGGCAGCACUUGGUAGAUCUCAGGGUCUGCUGACCGAAACCACAAAUGUGCAGCUGGUUUCUGUUUGUUGUUUCGUCUUUCUACCAAGUGCUGCCUAUCCUUUGCACUUUCUUUCACCGUACUGAUGAGGGCCGAAAGCCCGAAACACGUGUAUACGGUUAUCUCUUUGUGGUUAUGUCCACUAUUCUCCUCCUAGCUCCAUUAUAUACAUAUAUACAUUAUAUAAAUAUAUACAUUAU